AAAGAAACUGUGUACGUAAAUAUAAAUAAUAUUGUGUGUAUAUGUAAUAUAAUACAAUUAAAAAUGGGAAAAAUCUGAAUUACGUUUUAGGCAAUAGUUUCGAAUGUGUAUAUUUAUCACCACCUAGUGACCAAUUUUAGCUAGGUAUUUUUAUGGAUAACUCUCACACGAAUCAUAUAUACACGUGGGUUUAUGGUUUACUAAAGGCGUCCGCAUGCUAUUCGAAUAUUUUCAAAAGUUUGUAUUUUGCUUAAAAGAUGCAGUUAAAAUUAUAUUUAAUCGCAGCUGCAUGCGAAAACUUAGGAAUUGGUAUUAAUGGAAACUUGCCGUGGAAAUUGAAAACAGAAAUGGCAUAUUUUUCUCAUAUGACGUUAAAAACAAACAAUAAAAAUAAAAGAAAUGUUGUAUUAAUGGGUAGAAAAACUUGGGAUUCUAUACCACCAAAGUAUAAACCAUUGAGCAAUCGUAUUAACAUGGUUUUGACGAGACAAUCUCUAAACUUUGGAUCCGAUGCGAUCUCUUGCAAAAGUAUUACAGAUGCACUGGACAUUAUAUCUCGGUCACCAUUGUAUGAACAGGUGGACAAAGUAUGGGUCAUAGGUGGAAGUUCUGUUUACAAAGCCGCAUUAGAAUCUCCGCAUUUUCAUCGUUUGUAUCUCACAAAAAUAAAGAAACACUUCGAUUGUGAUGUAUUUUUCCCGGAACUUUCAACUGAUCUCGUACCGGUCAAGGAUCCCAAUGUUCCUGAUGGAAUUCAGGAAGAAAAUGGAAUUCAAUUCGAGUAUAAAGUUUACGAAAAAAAGGAUUAAAUAAAUGUCCGUAAUUUUUAGCGAGCUACUGAGAAUGAAAAAUCAAAAGAUAUUGAAGUACAAAUACUACUAUCAUUUUCCAUAAGAAUAAGAUAAAAAUUCAUUAUAAUGCAUUUAACAUUACACAUAUAUAUUUUUUUAUACCAUAGAAAUAAAUUGUUCACGUGUAACCCAAUAUUUCAUGAUCUCACUCGUUUAUUAGGAGUCAAAAAAAA